CUGCUAUAGUGUAGAGUCACCCAUUGUCUUUCAAUCUCUGUUACUGUACUGGAAAUUUCUUAUUCAUAAUAUCACCACGGGAUCUGUCGUCUUAGGAAGCAAAAUGAAGAGAGGUUACAUUUAAGUAUUUUACUGAGGGAGAUUUAAAGUUGCGUCGCAACGUGUUGUUUCAGUUGCCAGGUGGAAAAGACGGGUGCGGGGCAGUCAUGCCAUAACGUUACGCCGUCGGUGGGAGGAUAGUUGUGCUGGGUUAGUUGAUGCUGGUGCGUCAAGACUCCCAUGGUGGACUGUAAUUGGUCAUCAGAAUCAGUAAUUCAAGGCGUUAUGAGAAAUGAUUGAGGAUCGAAGUCAGUGACCAACAUGCUACAGUCUCCUACGUUUUCAUCUUUUUGUAAAUAACAUGUAGUAAUUAACUGUCUUUUGAAUGUUUUUGAUAAAUGAUAAAUGGACUUUUUGGUAGAAAUGGACGAUGAGUUAGAUUAUAAUGAAAGCGAAUCACCAAUAACUGUGAUGAAGCGUACCGGAGAUACAAAAUCUUCACAACCACACGUUAAGUCAUUACAACAUUCAAAUGAAAAAACCCGUCAUGUUGUUGUUUCACCUCGAGAAGAAGGCGAAGCUUAUUCAGAUGAUGAGAAUGAUUCUACAGCAGCAGCAGGAGAAUUAAAACGGGACUAUGCGAGUAAACAGUCAACAGCUCAAGUCGAUAAAGAAGAAGGUGAAGCAUCCAGUGAAGAAGAUCGUCGUUAUGAUCAUCGUUAUGAUUCAAAGCGUGAAAAAAUAAGCACCAGUAAACAAAAGCAUUCUUCAGAAGUUACAAAUUUAACACUUGACGAAAUCCAGUAUCGUAGUCGUCUACAUGAACGAUAUGAACGCAGAGAACGUGAAGGAAAACGAUUGCGGAGUGAUAAAGACACAGAGGCCACAGUGUACGACACACAUCGUACAGCAUACUUCAAUGAAGAAUCGAAUUCCAGUAGUGGUGACAGGGAAGAUGUCAAGUCAAGUAUGAAAGUAGAUGAUUCAGAAGUUGGUAGAAAACAUCAGUCCAUUAAAGCACAAGAUAUAAGACAGAAAGAUAAAUCUCCGCCUCAAGAUAGUCGAAGUUUUAAAGUAAUACAAAAAGAACGCGAGGAAUACAGUUUAAAGUAUAGUCAAAGUCAGACAAGCUUUUCAAAAUAUGAUACUGUUCUAUCCUCAACUUCUCAGUCAGUACCGACUGCUUUAUCGGACAAACUUAUUGGAUCAGAAAAUCUUUAUACAUCAGCUGAACUGAAUCAUUCCCCAAUUGAGGUGUCAAAAAAGUCUAAAUCAAAAAAAUCAAAACGAGAACGCAAAGAUAGAGAGAAAGAGUCCUCAAAGAUACGAGGCGAUGAUAUCCCGUCGAAGUAUAGUAAAAAAGAAAGCAAACAGCGUAAAGUACACUCGUCGUCGACAACGAGUGAAUUAGACUAUACUACUACUAAAUGGGGCGAGUCAGAUCAAAAGUAUGGAAAGAUGAUAUCAAGUGCUGUUCGUCAUGAUCGACUACAUUCAGGUAUGCAGCAGCAACAGCAGCAUAGUCGUUCUGGUUCACUUGAUUCAAUCUCCUCUAAUUCAUCACAGAUGAGCAAAGCUUCCGGUGAUUCGUCUUCGUCGUCUUCACAUUCAUCGCCUACUGUACAUCGUAAAUCUUCAUCAGUAGCUAGUGCUCAUCACCACCAUCACCAGCAUUCAUCUUCUCAGAUACCAUCAUCAUCAUAUGAUCGUGAUACCACAGCAGCGUAUGAUCAUCGUCGACAUCAUCGCCAUCAUAGUAAACGACGUUAUCAUCGAGAGACCAGGGAAACAGCGCCUCCACCAGAAGCGAAUCGCCCUUAUAUUGGUCCAAAUCAAAUAUCAGUUAAGAUAAAACAUAAGCAUAAAUCAGAUAAACGAGAAACGUUGACGACGACAGCGGUAGCCGCAGCAGUAGACAAUAAUUAUACGACAAAUUUAUCAUAUAAACGUGAAAAAAUAUCACAGGAUAUUGAAAGUCAUCAAGAUAUUCUAACUGAAGAAUCUUACAGGCAUCAUAAAAAGAGUAAAUUAUCAAAGAAUACUGAAGUUGAAGCAAGUGGCAGUAGGCAUAAAAAACACUCAUCGAAGAGGUCAAAGUCAAAAGAACGUCGAUCAUUAUCACAGAAAUUAUCUGCAUCUGAACAGACUAGUCGACAUCACCGGUCAUCAAAACGUGAAGUUGGUCAUGAUGAACGCUAUUCAGAAGAAAGUGAAUUAGACUCGGCAAAUACUAAAGAAGUAAAUCCUGAUGUUAGCGAUAAACUGGUGAGCAGUAAAAUCAAAGAUACUACUAAUACAUCAUCAUUCCCAUCUGGAAGUAAUAAACAAAAUAUUGUUGAAGGUGGUGAAACAAAAGGCAGUGGAAGUUUUAGUCGGUUUCCGCCACGACCACCACGAUUACCACAGUAUCCAGGUUAUUCAGAAUCUUCAUCUGAAUCUGAUGACCUUGGCGUCGGUGUGCCUGAUAAUCCCUUUAUGCAUAAUACUGCUAUUAGUAAUAAUGGUGCUGAUAGAAAAAUGGAUGUUGACGCUGAUGAAGACAAAUACAAAGAUUUCCGUGAUGAUGAUGAUGAGGGUGACGGUGGCGGCAAUAAUGCUAAGAUAGAUUCGCCUGAAAAUAGUAAACCACCUGGAAAGCCGUUCUAUUUUCCGUCUAUACAAGGUUGCCGAUCAGUUGAAGAAUUUGAAUGCCUUAAUCGUAUUGAAGAAGGCACCUAUGGAGUUGUCUAUCGUGCUCGUGAUAAAAAAGUCAAUGAAAUUGUUGCAUUGAAACGUUUAAAAAUGGAAAAAGAACGUGAUGGUUUCCCGAUCACUUCACUACGUGAAAUCAAUAUGUUAAUGAAAGCUCAACAUGAGAAUAUUGUUACUGUACGUGAAGUAGUUGUCGGCAGUAAUAUGGAUAAAAUAUAUUUAGUCAUGGAUUAUGUAGAGCAUGAUUUAAAAUCGUUAAUGGAGGUUAUGAAUGGUCCAUUCAGUGUUGGUGAAGUGAAGUGUUUACUUGUACAAUUAUUACGUGCAGUUGGUCAUCUACACGAUAAUUGGAUAUUACAUCGUGACUUGAAGACAUCGAAUCUUUUAUUAAGUCAUCAAGGAAUCUUAAAGGUAGGCGAUUUCGGGUUAGCUCGGGAAUAUGGUUCUCCGCUUAAACACUAUACUGAAGUUGUUGUCACCUUAUGGUAUCGAGCACCGGAAUUGUUAUUAGGUGCAAAACAAUAUUCUUGUCCAAUAGAUUUAUGGUCCGUUGGUUGUAUUUUCGCUGAAUUCCUACUACAACGACCAUUAUUCCCUGGGAAAGGAGAAAUCGAUGAGUUGAAUAUUAUUUUCCGUGAUUUAGGCACGCCAACUGAGCGAAUAUGGCCGGGUGUAUCCCAGUUGCCUGGGAUUAAGAAAUGCGUUUUUACAGAAUAUCCAUAUAAUCAACUAAGACGAAGAUUCACAGAGAAACAAAUUUCUGAUCAAGGAUUUGAUUUACUAAAUAGUUUUCUAACCUAUUGUCCAGAAAAACGAAUUACUGCUGAAAAAGCGUUAGCUCAUCCCUACUUCAAUGAACGUCCUCGUGCUAUUCAUCCAUCAAUGUUUCCAAGUUGGCCAGCAAAAUCUGAAGGUGGUGUUGCUGUGAAAAAAUCUUCACCUCGACCACCAGCUGGUGGUGGUGCUUUGGCAGCAGCAGCAGCUGCUGUAGCCGCUGCAGCAGCAGCCGCGGCUGCAGUAUCUUCCUCCGUCGGUGCCGGUGGUGGUGGUGGUGCGGGUAGUCGUAUGCGAUAUCAACCUCCAGCACCGCCUAUGGGUGGUCAAAGAUUCUACAGCAGUAUGGCUGAUUCUCGUCCUAGUACGGCGAAUCGUGGUGGUGGUACACUUGGUUCAGGUGAUGCUUUUUCCACUGGCGGUGUAGAUAAAGGAUUUUUGUUGAGGUUUUGAAUUGCAGUUAUUAUUAUUAUUAUCAUCAUCACCAUGAUCCAUUGUGUAGUAUAUUCCUACUUCUCUUCAAUAUUUUAACUCCUUUGUACAGAGAAAACACAGCAACUUUAUGCUCCGAUUUUGUACUUUAAUUCUAUUGUAAAAUAUAUAUUCAAGCUUACUUUUCUCAUACUUUAUUGUUUUAUUUUUUUGUUGAAUGCAAAUUUCUGUUGUUACGAUUGCAUGUGAAAUGUUGUGGUGCAGUGUAAUUAUUCUUUGAUUGGACAAUAGUUAGUAACUGGUGUAAUGUGUCUAGUCCUUUGGUUUUGCUGCAAAAUGAAUUCUAUCAGUCAAG